AUGCAGCCCGGCCAUGCCUCUGCCAGGGAACGGCUGCCGCCCUCCGCGCACGCCCGCCAAUCCUCCAUUAUCGACAAGGUCAGCAUCGUGUACCUUGGGGCCUUUCCCGACCCGGCUCACGAGCGCAAGCCCGCCCCUCUGCUCUCCGUCUCUGCUCUGCCUACCCUGCCAUGCGCACGUCCUGACCGCGCUUGCACCACCAUCGCUCCCACAGCUCCCACGGCUCCCACAGCUCCCACAGCCUCCUCAGCCUCCGUCCUUUGGCCUGCUGCUCCCCGCGAGGCCCUGCCCUCGCGCGCCGUCACCCUGGCUGCCCCAGAUCUCGCCGUUCACUACCAGCACCACCAUCCCUACCGGGCCCCGUUCCCCCAGAGCCCGCCCGCCUCGCAGCUCGACCUCCGGCUGCGCCUCCAGGACCCCGUCGACCUCCGCCAGCUGGAAGACCGGGGAAGGGACGCCUCAUGCUCGGCAUUUCGAGGCCCAAGGCACCCCGACGACAAGGACCUGAUGUCACAGCAGCAUGGCAGCAGGUCAGGUCCUUCGUCCGCCUUCCUCCACGAUGUCUCCAGCCGGCCGGCCGCCGCGCGCUCCUACACCAGUCCCGCGGGCCCGCCCUCGGCAAUGCAGAGCUUGUCUGGUGGCGCCAGGUAUGAGCAGCUGCAGGGCCGCGGCCCUGCUCUGCCGCCCAUCCACACGCCGACCUCUGAGCCCACGCACCCGCGCUCCGAGGACCGCACCCCGCGGGCCCUCGGCGUGCACUCGAUCCUGAACCCGCUGGGCGACGGCGCCUCCGCCGAGUCCAAGGCCCGCAGCCGCACUGCCUCGCAGAUGGAGUCUCCGUCGCCCGUCGACCGCCUCCCCGGGCCCUCGCCUCACAUGGCUUCUGCGUAUGAGGACCAGAGGCGCCAGCAUGCCCAUGCCUCCAGCAUCGGCCACAGGCGCGUCCUGAGCCCGCGCUCCCCCCUCUACCGCUCACAGAGUCUGGGCAUGAUCAGACCUCCAACCGGCACCAUCAAUGCCCAAGAGACCCCGUUUCUCUCUCCCAGCUCCCAAGAUUACAGACACGAGCCGGGAUCCGCCCCGAACCCGCCUCUGCCUACUCCUCCGGCAGCGCAGCGAUCGAGCUACAACUUCCCUCCGCCUCCGCCUUCGAUUCCCACGCCUCCCAUCCAACAGAGCCAUUCGCGACGGACCAGUGGCGGCAUGUCUCAGCCACCCCAGCCGCAAUCUGCGAGUGCAAGCCCCCGCGGCAUGUACUCGUAUGGUCCGGCCGGCCAGCACUCGCCGGCCACGUCGCUGGGAGAAAUUGGCCGCCCGUCGCCUGUUCCGUUCCAGCCGGCUUCCUCGAGCGCACCAGCGCCGCCCCGGUUCUCGUCGCAAGAGCCCGACCGCUCCUAUGGAAUUCCUGUUGCCUCGACUGGUCAGAGCAAUUAUCAGCUUCUGACACUCGAGACAAACCAAGGUCAUGUACAGAUUCCAGUGGACGUCCAGGCUGCGUCGAAAAUGGCUGAUGAGAAGCGAAAGCGCAACGCCGGUGCUUCGGCUCGAUUCCGAGCGAGGAGGAAAGAAAAAGAAAGAGAAGCCUCCUCCACGAUCUCUCGCCUGGAGCAACAAAUCCGCGAGGCCGCCGAGGACGUCGAAUUCUACAAGCGGGAGCGCGAUUACUUCGCCCAGCUGGUCUAUCAAGCGCCAGGCGGCGACCGACACUUCCCACGCGCGCCUUCGCCACGCACGCGCAGGCUCUCCAUGCAAGCCCAGGGCAGUACGGGAGCGUCAUCUGGACAAGGCAGCACGUCCGCAAGCAGCACUCCUGGUGUCAGCUACAGCGCCUAUCCGCCGGACCACCGAAGCGACCAACGCCCUCACGAGUCUGAUCGCAAUGUCCGUAGGCGCACGAGUUCCUACCUUCCUCCUCCAGGUGUUGCUUCUAGCCAACAGGUUCAGCCUCAGGUCGGCUACCCACCCACAUCGUAUCCGCCGAUCGCAGCUGCGUCGCCCAUACCGGGCUCUCGCACGCCAUCGGCAUCGAUGCAGCACGGCCCGCCUCAACAGGCCCAGCAACAGCCGCCACAGCCAGGCUAUCCUACUCCGUACGCACCUGAGCGGAUCGACAGGAGCUGGCCUCCUCAGCCGUCUGCGGGCCGUGGUCCUCCUCUGCCGCCGCCAGGCCAGCACUAG